AAUUCGGGUAUUAGGGAUUUCAAGUACGCUCCGACAAAUUCAAAAAAAUAGAUAUUUAUUUGGAAAGCUUGCAUUCAACACCAAUGAAAAAAACUUCAGAAAGCAAACUCUCAAAGCGUAAUAGAGAAGAAAGGAAAGCAAGAGAAUGACCUGAUGCAGUUUCCCUUGAACAAUGAGCUGCUGGUUGACCUAAUGUACUUUCUGAUGAGGAAUAAGGGAAUUCAUAGUCUUCGUUUUCUCUACGUAUACGUCAAUGUGCAGGGCAAGCAUGAAAAAUAGCUUGUGCCAUCUCUGUUGCUUCCCAUAGGAGAGAAGAGGAUAUAAGGUAAUACCAUGCAGCAGCAUGAAAAUCUUCUGCUAUUGCACAAACAUCGUGUGUGCAAUGAUAAUGCAGUCAGAAGAUCCGGCACCUUCUCAUUAGCUGGGCUUAUCUUGGAAGCUGUUGCUAUCAAGGUAUUUGUGCCUUGCUUCUCGUAUUGCUGUAGGUGUCUUGCCCAGUGUGUGCUAGAUGUCUUUUAAGCGUGACAACAGAUUAACCAACAUAACUUAAUUAUACAAAGUGACUUACUUUCUUGUACCUUUCACGUCUUCAACAGCCAUAUUACCAUACCUACGUGUAUGGGAUCUGUUAGGUCACAGCCUGAACCAGUGAUUGAGCACCUGGUGGAGGGCACGGCCAGCCCUGGGAGCACAGGUGCAAGCAGUUCUGUGUGACUGGAAGGGGUGGACCCAUUGCCCACUGCUCCCUAACCUCAUUUAAGGACUGGCAGCUGGAAGGGAAGCAUCUUUAUUUAGAGACUGUUUCUUCUGGGAGUUUUCUGUUGGGCCCUCAUCCUUGGAAAUGGGUCUAUGAGGAAAAUGAAAGCGAAUUACAACUGAAAAUUUGAGAGUGACUGAGAGUCGAGGGAUCCUGGAAAGCAUACAGAGGUUUUCUUUACUGCCAACUUACUUGCCUGUGACGUAUCGUAUCCACAAUGCAGAUGUUUCCUUCUUUCUUAAGGAAGCCAACCAGGAUAUUAUGAGGAAUUCUAGCUUGCAGUCACGAGUGGAGUCAUUUCUCAUCUACAAAUCCAAGAGGCCACCUGUGCUAAAUGCCAGCUAUGGACCUUUUUCCAUUGAACAAGUAGUGCCCCAGGACUUAAUGUUGUCUUCAAAUCCAUUUGGAUCUACCAACAAGUUCUCAUUUAAUUGGAAACUUAAGGCUUUCAUAAUGAGUGACAAAAUCUACCCUAGCAAGCCCAAAGUCCAGGUCUUGUUCUACAUUGUGGGCAGGGACUGGGAUGACUAUAGCACGACGGAGAGGCUGCCCUGCCUGCGGGUGUUCGCCUUCCGAGAGACGCGGGAAGUCAGAGGCAGCUGCAGGCUGAAGGGGGACCUGGGGCUGUGUGUGGCAGAGCUGGAACUGCUGCCAGGCUGGUUUAACCCCCCCACUGUUGUUGCUGGUCGUAAGAAACCCAUGGAACAUUCUGAAGGGAGUCCUGUGGAGCUGUACUAUGCCAUACAACCAGGAGAUGAGAAAGGGGAAUGCACCAAAGAGGAUGUUAGGAAAAGUAAUGGGAUCCGACCAGGGCGCAAUGAUAUUGAUGAAUCAGGACCUCCUUUGCAGAGGAUUGGAAGCGUUUUCCUUUACCAGACACACGCUGUCCCUUCCUUAAACGAAAUGAGGUUGGAUAAUAACAUUGCCAUUUGGUAUGCACCAAAGACUGUCAAGCAAGGUGACAUCUUGACUUUCCUUGUAUCUAUUGCUAAAAAUUCAACAGAAGAUCAAUUCACGCUGAGGGCAAAGGUGAAGAAAGGUGUCAAUGUUUUCAGCGUAAGAGCCAGCAGCCCAUACUUGUGGGAUAUCAGAGAGAGUGUGGAUUAUACGGGGAAAUAUGCACCAGCUGUUAUUGUUUGCCAGAGAAAGUCUGCUGCCUCUGAAAACAGUGCGGAUGGUCCUUCCUCUGAAAUCAUGCAGAUUGAUUUUGAAAUUGAAGACCUAACUGAUCUACCUGAGACUCAGCUCAUCACGUGGCAGGUAGAAUACCCUGGAGAUGCAACAUCUGAUCUAGGAGUCUCCAAGAUUUACGUCAGCCAGAAGGACCUGGUAGGAGUUCUCCCUUUGGCUAUGGAAGCAGAGAUCCUGAACACAGCUAUUCUCACUGGGAAAACAGUGGCUGUCCCUGUCAAAGUGAUCUCUGUAGAAGAUGAUGGGACUGUGACUGAUCUUCUGGAGUCUGUGGAGUGCAGAUCAUCAGAUGAAGAUGUCAUUAAGGUUUCUGACAGGUGUGACUAUGUCUUUGUCAAUGGGAAGGAAAUGAAAGGCAAAGUGAAUGUCAUAGUUAAUUUUACUUACCAGCAUCUGAGUGCCCCUUUAGAAAUGACAGUCUGGGUUCCUCGUCUCCCGCUGCAGAUAGAGGUCUCUGACACAGAACUCAAUCAGAUCAAGGGAUGGAGAGUCCCCAUCAUCUCUAAUAAGAGACCAGCCAGGGACAGUGAUGAUGAAGAAGAGGACGAACGGAAGGGAAGAGGAUGUGCCCUUCAGUACCAGCACGCGAUGGUACGGGUCCUCACGCAGUUUGUGGCUGAAGCUCCUGACCCCGGCGGCCAGCUGAGCUAUUUGCUGGGUUCUGACUGGCAGAUCGACAUCACCGACCUGGUGAGCGACUUCAUGCAGGUGGAGGAGCCAAGAAUUGCUAGGCUACAGGAUGGACAGGUUUUGAUUGGGCAGGAGCUUGGAAUGACGACAAUUCAGAUAUUGUCCCCACUUUCAGAUGCUAUUUUGGCUGAGAAGACAGUGACGGUUCUGGAUGAGAAGGUGACAAUAACUGACCUGGGAGUGCAGCUGGUAACUGGAUUGUCACUUUCUCUGCAGCUCAGCCCAGGAAGCAAUAAGGCCAUCUUUGCUACAGCAGUAGCACAAGAGCUGCUCCAGUCUCCGAAACAGGAAGCAGCCAUCAGCUGCUGGAUCCAGUUCAGUGAUGGAUCUGUCAUGCCCUUGGAUAUUUAUGACUCCAAAGACUUCUCCUUAUCAGCUACAUCUCUCGAUGAGAAGGUGGUCUCCAUUCACCAUGACCCCAAGUUCAAGUGGCCUGUGAUUGCAGCUGAGACAGAAGGCCAGGGGACACUGGUGAAGGUGGAGAUGGUGAUCAGUGAAUCAUGCCAGAAAUCCAAAAGGAAGAGCAUCCUGGCUGUUGGAAGUGGUAGCAUUAAAGUGAAGUUUGGGCAGAGUGAUGCCAACCCUAACGUAAGCGACAGUAAACAGAGGGGUGCUGGUGUCCACCUAGAAAAUCAUGCCAGUGACCGGCGUCAGAAAACCACUUUGCAGGAAAGAGCUGGGCCAGAUGGCCAGUAUUACAGCUCCUCCAUGGGCCAAGAGCAAGGCAAAGGGACCACCACUCAAAAGUCUAUUCUAAGCAAAAAAGAAGACAGAGAAAGCCUCCUGGAUGAUGACAGUCAUCUGCAGAACAUCCCAAUAGAUUUCACGAGCUUCCCUGCACAGGUGGAUCUGCCAAGAAAUGAUGGAGACUUGGAAGAGAAUGACCUGGUGCAGACCCCCAGGGGGCUCAGUGAUCUGGAGAUAGGAAUGUAUGCUCUACUGGGAGUCUUUUGCCUGGCAAUUCUGGUCUUCCUCAUUAACUGUGUCACUUUUGCUUUGAAGUACAGAAACAAACAAGUUCCCUUCGAAGAACAAGAAGGCCUGAGCCACUCUCAUGACUGGGUUGGGCUGAGCAACAGGACAGAACUUCUGGAGAAUCACAUAAAUUUCUCAUCUCAACAAGAUGAACGUAUUACUGCCAUUGAUAGAGGAGUGGACUAUGAAGAAAGCAAAUAUCUCCUCAACACAAAUGCCCCCCAGAAUAUUAAUGGACAAGCUUUUAGGUCUCCUGAGUCCACAUUCACUGAAGGGAAAGAACAGAAAAGUGAACCAACUACUUCUCCUACCUCUAAGAGGAAACGGGUUAAAUUCACCACAUUUACCACCAUCUCCUCUGAUGAUGGAUGUCCAACUGUCAACUCAAUCUUGAUGAGCAGUGAAGAUGAUAUUAAAUGGGUUUGCCAGGAUAUGGACCUGGGGGAGUGCAAAGAACUAAAAAACUAUAUGGAGAGAUUACAUGAAAAUGUGUAAUAAGGCACAAAAGACUA